CGCUCCUCCGUCAUGGGUCCGCACGAACGCGAUCACUUAUUCUUCUCCUGUAAUGACGUCGAGGGAGUCAACCUCGCGGAUGCCCACGCCGGGCGGCUUGAAGAUCUCGACAGGCGUGACGAGGAGCUGUUUCCCGCGAGCUUCGUCAAGGUUACUUGCCUCAUCACAAUACAUGGGUACAGGGUAUAUCGUCAAGUUAAGAACAUACAACGUGUCCGCAGGGGUGUGCCUGUGCCCAUCCCGCGCCAUAAAGUGGUUCGUUGCAUCGCGGACGCUAUGUUUGCAUUUUUGAACCAGGCUCAAGCUGCGGACGAUCAUGACUGGACCUUCACGCUCGGCCCCGGAGGUAUCGGGAUGGAACAUCUCUAUCUCACUGAGCUGCGCCGGCAUGGCAAGACUCUGGUCCCGGUCUUUGGAUACAUUGCUCCCGACGCCGAUCCCGCAGUCCUGCAGCCCGAGAUUGAUACUUGGGUAAACGACCCUUUCGUUAUGACCUUCGACACCAAUGACAGUGGUCUUUAGCUGCCUCGGACACGAGGUUUUCUGUAUCAAUCACGCAAAGUUUCUCUAGGUUCUUUCGAUUUCAUCAUACUAAUUUCGUUCAUUUGUUUCCACUUGUAAUCGCUCAUGUAUCAUUAAUAGUACCAUGUACAGUGACACAGACAUAAGCCUUAGUAUCAAGUAAA